AUGAUUGGUUGUUAUUCGUCAAAACUUGGAGUCCUUAAUGUCAAAUAUCCUAAAAUUAAACCUAAUUUAAUGCAAAAAUCUUUUAAGAUGGUUAGAUACGGAUAUCCGAACGUUGAUGAAGAAGGAUUCUUAACCUGUUACGUUCCUCCUCAACUACGAAAAAUCAAACUUAAAAGGUCAAGACCAAGAUUCCAAAUAAUCGGUGGGCGUGAUGAAAUUUUUAAUUGGUUGGAAGAGCACGGCGAUGUUGUAUGCGAAUACAACCAAGAGUUCGAUUUUCAAUUCAAUCAUCACAGACGCUCUGAUUAUUCAAGAUCUAAAGUGAAUGCUUUAGAAAUUCCAGUACUCUUGUUUGACCUUUAUUAUGAUAAAGAAAAUAAAGAUGAUGAUUCAUCUCAUCAACAUUCUGUGAUUAAAAAGAUUUUUCCUUUCAACGGUAAAAGGAGGAUGGUAAUGGAAAUUAGACCCCUCAUUCGUGGUGAAGAAUAUGAACAUCCUAAGAAUUUGUUUCGAAGGAAUACUGGUAUAAGUGGGGUAAAAUUACGACAGAUUUUGAAUGUGUGGACGAAUUCUUCUUCUUUGCAACGUCAACGGGAUCCAAGAGCAGCAUGUGAUUAUGAAUAA